CCUCCCUUCCUUCAUUCACUGGCGUCCGCCAUGAAUUUCUUCAAAACAAAGCCACGAACACCGCCAGAUCUUGUACGAGGCCUUCGCGAUACGAUCCCAAGGCUUGAAUCCGGUGCCCCAGGAGCUGAUACUCGGAGAAAGGCAAGCGAGGAUGUAUCGAAGAAUCUGCAGCAGAUAAAGGCUAUACUCUAUGGCGAUGGUGAUCCAUUGCCGGAGCUGGUUGCACAAUUAGCCCAAGAAACGUAUAAUACCGAUCUCCUGCAGCACCUUGUACAAAAUAUCGCUCGAUUCGAAUUCGAAGCCCGAAAAGACGUUGUCCAGAUAUUCAAUAAUCUCCUCCGACGUCAGAUCGGUUCGCGAUACCCUACUGUCGAGUAUCUAUCCGGGAAGCACGACAUUUUAUUUGCGACACUCGCUGGCUACGAGAAUGAGGACGUUGCGCUCAAUACGGGUAUGAUCUUAAAGGAGAUGUUGAGGCACGAAGCGUUGUGCAAGAUUCUCCUUUAUUCGGAUAAAUUCUACAAUUUUCCCCAUUAUAUUGAAACAACGACGUUCGGCAUUUCAUGUGACGCUUUUGCUAACCUCAAGGAGACGCUCACGCGACACAAGCCGAUGGUGGCUGAAUACCUCGACAAGAACUACGAUCGCUUCUUUUCUUCCUUCACAACCCUCAUCCUCUCCAAUAACUAUGUCACGAAACGGCAAUCUCUUAAGCUUUUGGGCGAGAUUCUCCUUGAUCGUGCAAACUUCAACGUUAUGACGCGGUAUAUUGCCAACGAAACCAACCUCAAGAUGAUGAUGAACCUACUCAGGGACAAGAGCAAGAACAUACAGUUCGAGGCGUUUCAUGUGUUCAAAGUGUUUGUAGCAAACCCUAAGAAGCCCCCCCAGAUUGAGUCAAUACUCCGGAGGAACAAGGAUAAGCUUCUGCAGUUCUUAAAGAACUUCCACAAUGACAAAGACGAUGAACAGUUCAGCGACGAGAAACAAUUCCUUAUUGUCCAGAUACAAGGUCUUUAGUGUUUAUCCUUCGCGAAACGAGUUACUCUGGUUUGUACCUCUCCCCACGCAUCUGCACGGAUCUUUCUUUCCGCGCACCUUUUCUGCAUCAAUUCAUAUUUUGGUACUGUCUAUAAUAAUACUCACUUAUUUGUUUGAUUCAUACUGUUUUCACGUCUUGCAUUCUUCCAUCCCUUUCUACAUACACAUCUAUCCCAGUACAGACAGACCAUACCCAUUCAGGCGAUAUUCUUCUUGCUGCUCAGUCGUUUCGUGGUAUGUAGUUAGACCAUCAUGCCCUUCUCGCGCAAGAUAUGUAUUACCAAUUCAAUGCUUUCUGUCAUAUGGCUCCCAUGGAACAUUUGUAAAUAUGUCGAUUUGAC